GUCUACAUCGCCGAUCCUGUAAAUGUAACAUGUCCAGCAGGUGGGUGGCGAAAGGGGAGAGGCGCCUGGCCUUACUAAGACUCACCAUAAAAAGGGAGCCGUCAAAGCUUGUCCACAUCGUCAAGUGUUAUACUUUGUAAAUUUGCCAUACGCCAGCAAUCAUGGCCUUUAUCCAGGAACUAACUGUUUUCCUAACUGUCUUCCUACUGAGCCAGGCACAGCAAACAGCCCAACAGAACCGCCCACCACAAGGAUUUAACUGUCCACAACCUACUGGUAAAUUUGAAUACAGGGAGGAUUGUUCCAAAUUUUGGCAGUGUACUAAUGGUCAAGCAACACUAAGCGAUUGCCCAUCUCAACUUAUGUUCAACCCUGCCCCUGGCCGUAGCGAUUGCGACUGGCCCCACAAUGUCCCAAGUCCUAGUUGCACUCAGUUAGCCAAUAGAGGUUUAAGCCAGAGACUCGCCAAUCUCUGUCAGAACAACCCUUACAACGGAGAGCUCAACCACGCCUUUCACAUUGGCAGUCCCGAUCUGUGCAAUGCUUUCUUCAUCUGCUCCAAGAACUACGUGCACUUCCCUUGUGUAUUUUGUCCUUAUGGAUCGUACUUCAAUACUGGCAUUGGUCGUUGCGAUGAUAUCACAAGUACAGAGGUCAUCCAGACCUGCGCUGGAAGGCAAAUGAUCGAACACGAUGAGAAGGUCAACGCGACCUUUCGGGAAACUUGCUGGCCAGACAAUCGUUUCACCACCCUUAGAGCCCCCACACCAACCCCAUGGAGAGGAUAAGAGCAACUUAAAGCUGCAUAACAGAUGCUACUACAGCCAUUUCCUAGUGCCUAGCGGCCGCCUUUUGUCCAUUUUUUAAAACUGUUAUGACGAAAUAACACACUUUGAACAUGUCACACUUUGUUACAUAAUAUUUCCAGAUAUUUUUUUAUAACCUUUUAUGAAAUUAAACUUUAAUUAUAAA